AUGGCUAAGCCAACAAGUGCAACUCCAUUUAAAAUUCGUGAGAGUACACGAUUUUAUCCUUACUUUAAGGAUUGCAUUGGAGUUAUGGAAGGUACACAUAUCCCAGCAAUGGUAGAGAAAAGAAAUGCAGCCGUUUAUCGGAAUCGACAUGGAAUUACAUCUCAAAAUGUUUUAGCGGUUUGUAACUUCGACUUGGAGUUCAUAUACGUGCUCAGUGGAUGGGAAGGGUCUGCUCAUGAUUCGGAAAUACUUAACGACGCAAUGACAAAAAGAAAUGGACUGAAAAUACCGCAAGAAUGCCGUUCAGAUGAGUUUCCGGUUGAGGAAGAGGAAGAUAGCCAUCCAUCAACGCUUGUAAGUGACGAUGAAAUUUUGACACAACAAACUCAAGAACAACAACGUCAAGAAGCUAAUGCAUGGAGAAAGAGUAUAGCGGAUGAU